UUGAAUACGAGGCUUACGAGAGGCUCGCAAGGUGUACUCAAAUCAAAAUACUUUUUUAAAAUAUCAUCUCUGGGUUCGACAUAAACCGGAUAACAUAAGAUACGGCUAUGCCUGAAGACAGUGUCGACAAACUAAACAUGGUGACCUGCACAGCUCCAGUGAACAUAGCUGUCAUCAAAUACUGGGGGAAGAGAAAUGAAGAAUUGAUUCUGCCCAUUAACUCCUCUUUGAGUGUCACUCUGCAUCAAGACCAGCUGAAAACGACCACGACCGUUGCAUCCAGCAGGUCAUUUCAAGAAGAUCGUAUAUGGCUCAAUGGCAACGAGGAAGACAUAAGCCAUCCAAGACUACAGUCUUGUCUAAGAGAAAUUCGCCGACUAGCAAGGAAGAGACGGAGUGAUGGGGAUCCUGGUGUGGAUGUGACUGGUUUGUCUCAUAAAGUCCACGUUUGUUCUGUUAACAACUUCCCUACUGCUGCUGGACUGGCCUCCUCUGCUGCUGGCUUUGCUUGUUUAGUGUACACACUGGCUCGGGUGUUUGGGGUGGAAGGAGAAUUGUCUGGGAUUGCAAGGCAGGGCUCAGGCAGUGCCUGUAGAAGUAUGUACGGGGGAUUUGUCCAGUGGAUCAUGGGACAGCGAGAUGACGGCAAGGAUAGUAUAGCCCAGCAGGUGGCGCCAGAGACUCAUUGGCCUGAGCUCAGGGUCCUUGUUCUAGUGGCCAGCGCUGAGCGGAAACCAGUGGGCAGUACCUCUGGGAUGCAAACCAGUGUAGAAACAAGCCGCCUUCUAAAGCACCGGGCUGACUCGGUUGUCCCGGGCAGAAUGGAGGAGAUGGUUGAGGCAGUGCACAGGAAGGACUUUGCUACAUUUGCUGAGCUAACAAUGAAGGACAGUAAUCAGUUCCAUGCCACCUGCCUUGACACUUACCCUCCAAUAUUCUACCUCAACAAUGUGUCUCGUCAAGUCAUCAGUUUAGUACAUCAGUAUAACCGACACUACAGGGACAUAAGGGUGGCCUACACUUUUGAUGCAGGGCCAAAUGCUGUGAUCUACACUCUACAGGAAAAUGUUGCUGAGUUUGUCCAGGUGGUACGCCAUUUCUUCCCUCCAGAGACCAACGGAGGACAAUUUUUAAAGGGUCUUCCAGUUGACUGUGUAGACCUUUCCGAGGAGCUGAAGAACGCUAUUAGUUUGGCACCCAUGCCAAAAGGAAUUGGCUACAUUAUUAAUACCAAGGCUGGACCAGGCCCUUGUGUUGUGGAACACCCAAACCAGCAUCUGCUGGGACCUGAUGGUUUACCCAAGAAUGCCUGAUAUUCUGUGGUUCUGAAAGUGGAAAUACCAUUUGUAUACCUCUGCAUCUUUCAGUCCACCUGUUGUUAUCGCUCUCUGUCUCUCUGUCAUCCCCUCUCUCUCCCCCUUUGUUUGAUAAACAAAGUAUCUGUCCAUCAAACAAAACAAGAAAAGUAGGUCAUAACAAAUUUUGCAACUAAUCCAAUUGGAUUUUUUCAAAUCGGUGAAUUAUCCCUUUAAGGGGAUAACCUGAAAUGUGCCACUUAGCCACACAAACUGUUGCUGUGCAGCAUCUGGCCUUUUGCUAUAACCUUUCUGAUGGACACAUACAAAUGAAUUGUAAUUCCCUGUUUUUAAGAGGCAAAUUUUGUAAUGACCAAUUUUUUUCCUUUUUAAAAAUGUUUUUCUGAAAUGAUUUAAACAUGCAUUAAUUCACAAUUUGUAUGAUAAUAAAAUGGCCUAUAUUUCA